UCUCACUAGUUCGAUUCAGUAGUUCGAUCGUCGAACUAGUGAGAAUUUUUUUUCUCAUUUGUUCGACCGUCGAACUAGUGAGAAUGUUUGUUCUCACUAGUUCGAUCCGUUAACUUAUUAUUAUUAUUAAUCGAGAAGCAAGAACAUUAAGUACCGAUAUAAUAGAUAUUGGUCACAAAUACAUACAUUGUAUAGGUAAUUAUAAAAUGAAAAUCUUUUAGGUAUAUUUUGUAGGUAUAAUUAUUAUUUAAGUAUUAUUAUAAUAUAGUAAACGUCAAAAUUCGACUGCAAGUAAAUUAAUAGUAAACAAUACAAACAGUUUAAAUACAUAAUACAAAUCAUUGUCAUAUCACCCGGAAGUCGUCCACUGGUAUAUUUCCUUAAAUGCAUCUAUGCCUAUAGCACUUAGGUAUGUGCAUAAUAAGUUUAGUAUUAUAAAUAUUUAACUAAACGCCCCACCCCAGAAAGAGUGUGGUCAUAGUUCUGUUGUCUUAUUUUGAGGGUACAUGCUUUUUGUUAUAUUUUGAGGGUAGAUGUUUCGCAAAAUGGAAGUAUUACGCUGUUCAGCUCUGCAGUAGCAAUGUUUAUUUCGUGGUGCCUGUUUAUUUUACUGUUUAUAUUUUCGGAAUAAUGUCUAAAGAAGUGAAAUUAUUAAAAAGCGGUCGUGGAAGGAUUCUGCAAUUAGAAGGACAUCAAUAUUAUUCUAUGCGUAAAUACAAAAAUGGCCACAGCAUUUGGCGGUGUAAAAAUUAUAAAAGUUUAAAAUGUACCGGUUCCGUCACAAUGAAUAUGGUAAGUCUUGGUUAUUUUAUAUGUACAUAAUGAUAAUUGUUGUACGUAUAUUUACAUAUUAUAGGUGUUGUAUGUGUAUUUUUAUUUGUAAUAGUUUUAAUGUACAAGCAAAAUAAUUCAUGAAUUCCUAUAUUUUUUAAACAUUGCUUUUGUUUAAGGACUUCACUAAUAAUUUACAAUCAAAACCCCACUGCGGUCAAUGUAAUCCAGAUGAAACACGAAAUACAAUCAAUGUUAUUUUAAAUAAUGCUUGCGAAGAAGCAGCUACGGGAAGAGAACCAGCUCCUAGGGUCUACAACAGAGCUUUAAUUACAUUAAAAAAUCAAGGCCUGCAUUUAGCUUCUAAGAGUGUACCUGAAUUUUGUGAAAUGAAGUCACGCAUUUACAGAAGGAGAAAUAAGUUAGCACACGUAAAAAAAAUAAAUGCAAAGACUGUUGAGGAAGUCGAAGUUCCUAGUACUUUUUCAGAUUUCUUACUCGCUGAUUACAGUCAUAAAAAAAUGAGAAUAUUAGUGUUUUGUUCAAAUGAUGCCCGAGAAAUUAUAAAAAAAAUUAAACACAUCUUUAUGGAUGGGACCUUUAAAUCAUGUCCGACACCUUUUCAGCAACUUUUUACAAUUCACGGAGACAUCGGCAGUGAUACAAAUAACACGAAUGUCAUCCCUUUGGUGUACGCUUUCAUGAGUCACAGGACCAAAAAAGCUUACUCACUUUUAUUUGAUUUAAUUGGGUCCCAAAUUCCAGAGUGGAAGCCUGCUAAAGUCACGAUAGAUUUCGAAGAAGGCACAAUGAAAGCGUUGAAAACAUUGAAUGUUACAGUCAAAGGUUGCUACUACCAUUACGUGAACAGCUUGUGGCGCAAAGCAAAAACCCUGGGUUUAACUAAAGACAAACGCAACAGAAGAAUAAUUUCAUUAUGCGCCAACUUGGCAUUGCUUCCAGAAAAUGAAAUUGUUUCAGGAUGGGCGUAUAUUCAAAACGAAAUGAAGAAGAAUUGCGAAUCUAUAAUUAAGUUUAAAGAUUAUUUCGAUAAAUACUGGAUGAAGGGUGAUUAUCAUAGAAUUUGGUCGGUUUAUGGCGAACGCCACCGAACAAAUAAUGCAGUAGAAGGAUGGCACCAUAAAAUAAAUAACCUUGUAACGAAAGGGCAUGUAAACCUAUUGCAAAUAUUACAUAUUUUACGGGACGAUUCCUUAUUGUCUUCAUAUCAAAAUGACAUUCUUCAGAGACCUUCAACAUCAAACAAACGUUGUAAAAGGAGAAAAACUGAUUUAUUCAAUGACGAUUACAUUAUUGAUGCUCAAAUGCAAUUAAUAUGCGGAGAAAUUGGUGUUGGGCACUUUUUAGAAAAGAUGCGAUAAUUAUAGUUACAUUGAGACUCAAUGUGACAAAAUAAUUAGCCGGGUCCACACCGGACGAUCCAUCGCGCUCCGAUCGCGCGCGGCAGCAGCGCGAUCCAAAGAUGCAGGCGGUGUAGACGUGCCGCGCGCGAUCCAUGCGCACGUAUUGGAGCGCGCGCUCCCUACCUCGCGCGAUCCGUGUGCGGUCGGUUUUUGUGCCAGCAUCAAAGGUGCCUCAGUUGCGUGAUGCGCGCGGUGUGGACGGUUGUGUUGGUUCGCGCGAUCCACCUCGCCAUGGACAUCUCAGAAAGUCGCCGUUUGAUAUCGCUUUAUAAAGAAUUUAAAUGUUUAUGGGAUCCCAAAGAUUCUAAUUACACCAAUAGAGGUGUUAGAGAUGAUGCUUGGCGUCAGAUUUCUCGUGAAAUGGGGAAUAAGUCGAUCGAGAACCUAAAGAAAAAAAUGCGAUCUCUGGCGGGAGGCUACAGAAGGGAGAAAUACAGAGAGAAGCAAAGCCGUAUAACUGGAUCCGGUGCUCAAGAUACAUAUAAAUCAAAGUGGUUUGCGUAUGAUGACUUCGACUUUAUGGCGGAUAAAAAUGAACCCGGAACCACACGCGAUACAUUGGAACAUGUAGAAUCUGAUACGACUGAAGGGGUUAAUACUACAGUGAGCGAAAACGAGAACAGUAACAUUAGUAGUGACAUACAACCGGAGAGAGCCAACCACCACACAGAGCAGAGUAGAGAGCACAAUGAUCAGAAUGCACAAACCAGUGUCCAAACAACAAACAAAAGAACAAAAAAAAGAAAGAAAACUACUUCUAAUAAUGCAGAUGACAUAUCAGAUGAAACUCUUUCAGAGGCUUUCCAACUUCUGCAACAAUGUGCUCAGCCACCACAACCGGAAACUGAUUCUUACAUUGCUUUCGGGCAGUAUAUAUCUACUGAAUUGCGGAAAUAUGAUGCAGUAACAUUAGCUAAUGUCAAAAAUGCUAUAUGCCAAGUUAUUUUUCAAGCUGACACAGGAAGAUAUGGGGAUAGCAAUUAUGGAUAUUACACUAAUUCAUAUCCUGGCACACCAAUAGCAUCCACUUCAUCACAGUCCCAGUCUCUACAACCUCAAAAUUAUCCAGCUCCAAUUCCACAGACAUCACCGUCUGCUCAUCUAGCCUCCAAUUCAUCGCAGUCCCAGUUUGAGAAACCUCAGGAUUAUUCACUUCCACAGUCAUCACCGAAUUAAAUAAGUACCUACCUAUAUACCUAUAUCAUGUUUUCAAAAAAUAAUUAAUAAUUGUAAACAUGUUACUUCUUUAAAUUAUGAUUGUAAUACAAUACUUUUUUAUUGAGUAAUAAAGUAUGGUUUUACUUACCUUUA